AUUCUAUUAAUCUCUUUUUUCUUGAAAAACAAGUACUCAUAUCCAGUCUCUGCACAUAUAUAAUCUAAAAAAAAACUAUUUUAAAUACCUUAACUGAAUUCCUAAUUUCUCGCUUAAUACAAGAACUCGCCACAUAAAACAACCUCCUCAAUUGUCAAGUUUCAACAUUCCCAUUUCUUCACAAACCAAUAUCGAAACACAGAGAGAAAGAAGCCAUGGAAGUAAGCAUCAGACGUACUUUCCCAAACGACAUGUUCAACUUCGUCGUUGACAUCACUACUGCUAAUAAUAACAAUAACAAUGCCGAAAAUGGUGAUGGCCGCCGCCGAUCAUUCGCCGUUCACACCCUCUGGGUCGACACCGAAGACUACGCCAGAAAAUGGGUUAUGGACAUGCAAAAGAAGAUCCGUAAACAACGUCCUAUCAUCGUCGCUCUCUGUGCCGAUCGCAGUUACAAUUACGCCGACAGUGGCACCAUGAACCACUAUAAAAGAGAGCACAAAGAUCGGGAGUACGAUUUAUUACAGAUUUGCAUUGAAGACCAAUGCCUUGUUGUGAAAUUAGAUAGAAGAGGUGGUAGUGGCUACGAUAGCUUUAACUGUAAAGCGCUGAAGGAAUUUCUCCUCGAUCAUCGCGUGACGGUGGUCGGAGUUGGAUUAGAGAAUUUGGUGGAGCGGUUUGCGGAGGAUUACGGCUGGGAAAUGCCCAAGAUUGUGGACCUAAGAGAUUUGUGGGCCCAAGCCCAAGCCCAAUCCCAGGCCCAGGUCCAACAGGUGAGGAAGAAUUUGAAUCGAUUUGGGAUAGCGAGGUUGGCGAAGGUGGUGCUCGGAGAAGAGAUGAAUCUGGUGAAGCCUGCCAAAAUCCAAUGGUGGUGUCGGCCGUACAAUUAUAACAAUCGGCCGAGAUUUCAUUCCGAUGAAGUGAUCAAGUAUGCUACGGUUGAAGCUUUUCUUGUUUUUCAAAUGGGUACUAAGCUGAUUUUGGAAGCUAAAAACUAAUGAUAUAUACGACGUCGUAUCAGCUGGAUCAUCAGGAUGAUUAGAAAUAUAGUUAGUUAGCCUAAACUCUAAAGAUAGCUAUAGUAAAGUAGUAAUUUUCCUUUUUUUGUUCAUUUACACGAUUACUUACUGCUUUACUAAUAUUACCAUUACUAGACUUUGUUAUAUUUUUCAUUGUUUUGAACACACUUGUAGACAAUAGUUGUAUUUUUCUUUUUGAACAAGAAAAAAUAAUUUCAGUUGAUAUCAA